CCCGGGAACUUGACACACAUGCUGUCCGUCCAGUGCUCUUUUAGAUCUACAGAGUCUUAUCCCCGUUUUUGACGGAAGAGGAGUUUCCCUUCAAAGUGUUCGCUGUUUAUACUGAGUUUUUACAUUUUAUUUGUCGCUUUUGUGAAAUUUUAAGUUAAAAUGUGCAACGGCUGCGUGCAAAAGGAAUACCCAGACCGGGGUAACACUUGUUUGGAGAAUGGCUCGUAUCUGAUGAACUAUCAAGGCUGUGCUAGCUGUCACAAGAGAGACUUCGUGCUCAUCAACAACAAAUCCACCGAGGAGGAUGAUGGGGAGGAGAUAGUCACAUACGAUCAUGUUUGUAAAAACUGUGACCACGUCAUCGCCAGACAUGAAUACACCUUCUCUGUUGUUGAUGAAUAUCAGGAGUACACCAUGCUCUGCAUGCUGUGUGGAAAAGCGGAGGACUCCAUCAGCGUUCUGCCAGAUGACCCCAGACAGUCUGCCCCUCUGUUCUAGACCUCCAGCAGCACACCCGCCAUUUUUAAAACAUCUUUAUAAUGCUUUAACUAUUCUUUUUUAAUUAUCAAUUAAGAGUAUAAGUCAUUUUUAGGGGGGGGGCACUAAAAUACCAUAAGACACUGUGUCUCAUCGAUAAAGUUAGCUGAUUUAUUUUAUUUUUUCUUCCUGUGUGUUAACAUUUUCUUUAGCUCAUGAACAUGUAAAGCUCUAUUUUUUACUUUCUGUCUCCAUCAACUAUUUAGGUAAAAAAAAAUAGCCAGAAGAAAGUGAUGCUUUUAUCACAGAACACAAAGAAAAC